UAAUUCGCUAAAUAUAUGUAUAUACAUAUAUUUAUACUUAACAGAUAGUAUUUAUAACCAAAGAUAAACAAAGCUUACGUCAAACAUGUCAUAUCGCUCCAGUGAGGCUAAAAAGGAAGAGUUCCGCAAAUAUUUGGAGUCUAAUCAAGUUAUUGAUGCUCUAACUCGAGUGCUCGUUAACCUUUAUGAGGAACCCGAAAAGCCAGAGGAUCCGGUGGAAUACAUAAAGAAAGUUUUGGGAGGGGCUUCGGUGGCAGAUUAUGAAGCCUUACAGCAAGAGAACGUGCGCCUACGUGCUGAAGUGGAGUCUCUAAAGAGAAAAAUGAGUGAACUUUCUCAAGUUCAGCAAUCGUAAAAAAAGAAAGAAAGAUUAUACUAAGGAGUAUGGAUAACAAAAAGAGAAUAUAAUCUAGACUUUGGUGACAAUGUUUUUUGUACCUAUUGAUGUUUAUAGUGAUGCUUUAUAUAAUAAGUUGUCCACGUAGCCCACUCGAUGCUACAUAUGCCUGGCACUUUUAGUGUAAA